AUGAACCAAUCAUCAUCCAUUCUCAUUGUUGGCGGAGGUGCCUUUGGUACCUCAACCGCCUAUCACCUCGCUCUUCGCGGCUACCAGAACGUAACCGUUGUUGACCGCUUCGAACCCCCAUCCCGAGAUGCGGCAGCCACAGACCUCAACAAGGUUAUCCGUGCUGAUUAUCCCAACCCCCUUUAUACCAAUUUGGGACUUGAAGCCAUGCAGGUUUGGAAGGACCCCAAGUCCAUCUUCUCCGGUCUCUUUCGGGAAACUGGUUGGAUUAUGGGCGCCCAUGAUCUCACCAAAGACUGGCUAGAGACGGCACGAGAGGUGGGCGAGAAAGCCGGCCGCCCUGGAAUCACCUACCUCUCAGCUGAAGACAUUCGCGCCAGAUGGCCCGCAUUGACUGGUGACUUCCCGGACUGGACUAAUUUGUACAGUCCAGCCGCUGGAUGGGUUCCCUCCGGGCAAGCGCUUCUCCGUUUGGCUGAAGCGGCCAAGCAGAAUGGUGUCCGCUACGUCACUGGUGAUGCAGGCCAGAUCAAGGAGCUUUGGUACGACAGCAGAGGAACCUGCAAGGGUGCCAUUUCGGCCGAUGGUCAGCUCCAUGAGGCAGACAUCGUCGUCGUAGCUGCAGGUGCUGGUCUGCCUGCACUCGUAGAGGGUGCCAACACUGAUGUAGUGGCGCAAACAUCGGCAAUAUGCGUCAUUCAGUUGGAGCCACACGAAGUCGACCGAUAUCGUAACUUUCCUGUCGUCGAUGACUUUGAGCAAGAUGAGAACGGCCUGAUCAAGAUUUGCAGCGUCCGACUAGUCACAAACUACAACAACCACAACGUGCCCAAUGCCUCGGUCCUCCAUUCACUAGGGGACUUCCCGCAUGAUGGUACCCCAGCGGAGCUGGAGGAGGAGAUGCGCCAAUUCUUGCGCGAAUCAGUCCCAGAACUGGCUGACCGACCUUUCGUCUCAACUAAGCUCUGUUGGGACGGCAUGGCCACAGAUCUAAACUUUCGAAUCUGCCCUUACCCUGAUACCAAAAACCUUUUUAUUGCCACAGCGGGCUCCAAUCACGGGUUCAAGUUCAUGCCAGUGAUCGGCAAGUAUGUCGCCGAUAUGAUUGAGGGGCAUCUGAGCAAGGAUCUAGCCGAUCUUUGGAGCUGGAAGUUUGGGAAAGUUCCGGCCAACUUUCAGGACCCCCACCCAUGGCCUCUCCGGGAUCUUUCUGAAUUGACUGGGUGGAAAAACAGAAAUGCCCCUGCCGCAGCUGACAAACUGCCUUGGUCCAGCCGUCUGUAA